AUGCUGAAGAUUCCCGUCAUUGACCUUCAUCACUACAAGGUCACUGGCAGCAAGGCUGAGUGUGAAAAAGCAGCCGACUCACUGCAUAGAUUUGGUGUUUUUUGUGUUCGCGAUGAGCGAGCUGCAGAUAGCGACAACGAUGCUUUUCUCGACAUGAUGGAGCGAUACUUUGAGUCAGCAGACUUUUUAGAGGACGCACGUCCAGAAUAUCACUAUCAGGUCGGCGUCACUCCUGAAGGUAAAGAACGUGCACGAAACCAUUGCGCUCGCGUCGAAAAGCUCGAGAAACAGCAUGUUCCAGUAUCUCUGUGUCCACCCGAAGCAGAUAAAAAGAGUCGAUUUUUCUGGCGUGUUGGUGAACGUCCAUCUCAUACCGCGUUUCAAGAACUUAAUGCAGACCCAGUAAUUCCUCGCCAAUUUCCAGAAUGGGAAAAUAUCAUGAACAUGUGGGGUCAUAAAAUGCUAGACACAAUUACAGAUCUCGUGGAACUUGUAGCUCUUGGACUUGGAUUAGACAAAGAUGCCCUGGCAAAUCGCAUUAAGUUUGGUCCGCACUUAUUGGCACCAACCGGCAGCAAUUUUCAUAAAUUCAACCAAUUGAAUGAUGUUUUAGCGGCAUAUCAUUAUGAUCUCAAUUUGCUAACUAUCCACGGCAAAUCUCGCUUUCCUGGACUAUUUAUUUGGCUUCGAGAUGGCACACGCACAGCUGUGACAAUUCCUGAUGGUUGUUUAUUAGUUCAAGCGGGGAAACAGAUGGAAUAUCUCACAGGUGGUUACAUUCAAGCGGGUUUUCAUGAGGUUAUAGUGGCAGACUCGACUCUUCGUGUAAUCACUCAGCGCAAACUAUCAGGUAAAAGUCUCUGGCGCGUAUCGUCAACACUAUUCGCACAUACUGCAUCUGAUACAAUACUCGAACCAUUAGCACAUUUUGCGACACCCGAAGCAUGCAGAAAGUAUCCAUCAAUACUGGCAGGUAAUCAAGUUCUCAAAGAGCUUUCCCAAAUAGAUCUUGGAACUGCAUUUCACCGUCAAACUACAUAA